AGGCUUAGACGACUGGUCUGACGAACAAUCGGAACAAGAGACUGAAGAAAACUUCAGAGAGACGGGUUCAGAACAAUUUCUCCAAUGGCGCUCAAUGUUGCUUCUUCUUCCUCUCCUUCCACCUCAAUUUCUAGUUCUCCCUUUCCAUUUUCCACUUAUUCGUCUGAGCUUAGCGCUCCACAAAUCGGUUCGCUUCGCCUAUCGGACUGGAACCGGCCUCAUGUUCUAUCCCAAGGUGUGAAUUUUUCUCGAAGAAAUUGCUCGGUCAAGCCGGUCAACGUCGAGCCUAAACGGAACGGUUCGAUUGUCCCUCUUGCGGCAACUAUCGUUGCCCCCGAAGUUGUAGAAGUGGUGGAGAAAGUAGAGGUGGAGGACUAUAUUCAAUUGGCUAAAGAGCUUGAAUGUGCCUCCCCUCUUGAAGUCAUCGAUAAGGCCCUAGAGAAGUUUGGCAACGACAUUGCAAUUGCUUUUAGUGGUGCUGAAGACGUUGCUCUGAUUGAGUACGCACAUUUAACUGGUCGACCAUUUAGGGUCUUCAGCCUGGAUACCGGGAGGCUAAAUCCAGAAACCUAUCGAUUAUUUGACACAGUAGAGAAGCAUUAUGGCAUCCACAUUGAAUACACGUUUCCUGAUGCUGUUGAAGUUCAGGCAUUAGUAAGGAACAAGGGAUUGUUUUCUUUUUAUGAAGAUGGACACCAGGAGUGCUGCCGAAUAAGAAAGGUGAGACCUUUGAGGAGGGCCCUUAAGGGGCUUCGUGCUUGGAUCACUGGCCAAAGGAAAGAUCAAUCUCCGGGUACUAGGUCUGAGAUUCCUGUUGUCCAGGUGGACCCAGUUUUUGAAGGAGUGGAUGGUGGGAUUGGCAGCCUGGUGAAGUGGAAUCCAGUUUCAAAUGUCCAGGGUCAAGACAUAUGGAACUUCCUCCGCACCAUGAAUGUGCCUGUAAAUUCAUUGCAUUCACAAGGAUAUAUCUCAAUUGGUUGUGAGCCAUGCACAAGGCCGGUCUUACCAGGGCAGCAUGAGAGGGAGGGAAGAUGGUGGUGGGAGGAUGCCAGGGCCAAGGAGUGCGGCCUCCACAAAGGAAAUAUCAAGGAGGAAAACACUGCUCAACUGAAUGGUAAUGGAAAUGCAGUAGCCCAAGCAAAUGGAACUGCCACUGUUCCUGACAUUUUCAACAACCAGAAUCUAGUUACUUUGUGCAGGACCGGGAUAGAGAAUUUGGCAAGAUUGGAGAAUCGGAAAGAACCAUGGAUUGUUGUGCUCUAUGCACCAUGGUGCACCUUCUGCCAGGCAAUGGAAGCCUCGUACGCUGAAUUGGCGGAUAAAAUGGAAGGGACGGGGGUGAAGGUGGGAAAGUUCAGGGCAGACGGUGAGCACAAGGAGUAUGCGAAGCGAGAACUGCAACUAGGAAGCUUCCCCACAAUACUCUGCUUCCCUAAAGGCUCUUGUCGGCCGAUAAAGUAUCCUUCCGAGAAGAGGGACGCUGAAUCCUUAAUUGCUUUUGUGAACGCCCUCCGGUGAUAGGAAAUGAAGAAAAUCAUUAAUAGAAGGCGUUAAAACUCAUUCCAGGUGAAAGUCCGAGAUUGCAGUUCAGUCCGAGAUUGCACUUCAUUUUGACGGCAUACGGUACUUUUAGGGGAAGCUAGAUGACGUUGCUGGUUGCAGCCCAGCAGAAUAUGCACAUAAAUUAAAUGUGCCAAUGGUAUUAAGAUUUUUUUUUUUUUUGGUUCUUCCAAUUUUUACGUUGGUGGUAUUCUUUUUCACUUUCUAUUAUUAGUGUUAGAGUGAAAGUUUUCACUUUCGAUUUCCUGAAUUUAUCGUGCCGGAACAGUAACCCGCAUGGCUUAGGUGGGUAUUUCGUUCGGGAUUAAAUUCUGGCCAUUUCAGCA